CGCGAGGGAUAGAUCGCUACCAUACCGAAUUCUGCUUUCUCAGUGUCACUUUGACCGCACGUCCGAGAUCGGUACAUCAUCAUCUCUCAGCCGAGACUGGCAAGAGCGACUUUGACUUUGCGCUGCCGUCGAUGACGAGUUUUCGAUUCUCGAGCGGGUGCAAAGUUCACUUCACCCGAGCGAGAUCCUGAGACGCAUAAUCUAACUUGUAAUAACAAUCGAUGCGAGGGAAGAAACGUAACGAGAUCUAUCUAAUACGACAGUCUAAAGUAACGAGUUCCUUUAACCGUGAUGUAAUGCGACAGAUGUAACGGACGGUCAUCACGGACAUCAACAUAAUCGGCUUAUAAGUAACAAUUAAGUCUAUUGACCGAAUUCUGUUGAAUUCAAGUCAAUUCGAGUCAAGUUGCGUAGCAGAGAGGAGUAAGUUUGGUGAAAUACACGCUGUUAAAGUGCGAUCGGACGAGUGUUUGGACGAGUGUUUGGAGGAGGAAUCUGACCUGGAGGAGGUAAUGAUGCUCGGUGGAUACGAGGCACAAGCGGAAUAUUAUCCGCAGUGGCAUCAACCCUACAAUUAUGUCACUCAGCUUCCCUACGGGCCACUCGGCUCGGUGGUGACCUCGGCUCCCGAUGCUGACAGCCAGUCGACGUAUUGGGGCGCCGAUUCUGGCAUUUCGGGGGACAGUUCCGGAGCAGGUAGCCCUACCGCUUCGACGCCACCCCUGAUCGAGGAGAUUGGUAUACAGGAGCCAAGUUAUUCGCCCGUGCAGCAGUACGCACAACCGUCGGCCGGUCAGCACUAUGCAGCCACCCUGCAGUAUCCACAGCAGCAGGAAACGUCGCCCCACCAUCAUCAUCAUCAUCUGCAUCACCAUCAUCACCAUCAUCAUCAGUCUAGUCACAGACGAGGCGAGCACGAGUAUGCGAACGUGCAGGUCGGCGGUCAGCAGCAGGUCAUCGGUGGGGUCGUUGCCUCGCUUCAACAGCACCUUCAUCAGGGUGUACGCGAGGGUGAUGUCGUGCCCAGGCCGAAGAGGCGGAACACCGCCAAUAAGAAGGAGAGGAGACGCACGCAGAGCAUAAACAAUGCCUUUGCCGAUCUGAGAGACUGCAUACCGAACGUGCCAGCGGAUACCAAAUUAUCGAAGAUCAAAACUCUGAGACUAGCAGCGUCCUACAUCGGAUACCUGAUGGCGGUUUUGGAAAGCGACGAAGGAGAGGAGCCACAGACCUUUCGCGCGGAGAUCCUUUCGAACGGCAGGAGGAACAAAGCGGCUCAGCCCAAUCAGAAUGAGUCGUGUUUGCAAUCCGCCUCGAAUCUCGGUCACGAAGAGUCAACGAAGAGCAAAGGACGAACGGGAUGGCCGCAGCACAUGUGGGCCCUCGAAUUGAAACAAGAAUCACCGACCAGCCAGAUGCAAUAAAAUACAUGGGAGUCACUUCUGUCAAAACAUAUCCGCGACAUUUCACAAAAUAUCGUCUCAAGUGAACGUUUAUGUAUACUUUUUGUUUGCGACUGUCGUUACUACUGGACGUCGAAAAGAUGUGAUUCGUGACUCGUCUUGAUUUGUUCGCCGCGCGUUUCUCUUUUAGAGAUGUCUUUGGAAGAUUAUAAAUCGUGAGAGAGAGAGAGAGAGAGAGAGAGAGUUGAGAAUGAAGCGAGACUGUAAAAAUUGUCAAAUUUUGAGAAAAGAUAGACACUUUGCGGAAUCGCGGAAUCGCAGCAUUGCUAUGCUUAUCGGAAGAUACAAUUGUUAUUCAGUGUAAAAAGGGCAGAAUCGUUUGUACAUAAUAAUACGCGUUCAUAAUCAUUGUGUAUAUACAUAGAAUUUCUUUCUCUUUGUAGCGGUCGAUAUUCCUAGCUAUGAGAGCCAAAGAACAUUAUUUUAUCGACGAAACUCUUUGCAAACCAAACGACAUAAAUCAGUCGUUAAUUAAAAUGCUUGAUUUCGAGGCAUCGUUGAUUAGAACAGUAAGAAUCUUUGUAAAGUUUUGUAUAAAGCAUCUAUCAAGUACGAAAAGAAAAGAAAUGUAUAAAGUGUCGCUAAUAAUAAAGGACAUAC